CCCACCUAUAAAAGCGCCAUUUUUCGUCAGCUCGCUCUAAAGUGCCCAUCAUGCGAACAGUGCUCACCUUCGUACCACUGCUGGUGCUCAGCAGCUGUGUCAAAAUCCCCCCUAACUUCCACAAAUGCAACCGGAAGAGCCCGGAUUUUAAAAGCUGCGUGCUCGAGUCCGCCAAGAAGGGGGUCCGGGAGCUGGUCAGACCCUACCCGGAACUCACCCUCCCCAGAAUGGACCCUUUCGAGAUCUCGGAAGUCACCAUCGGAGGGUCAGACGGACCAGUCAACUUCCAGCAAAAAUUCACAAAGUGCAAGGUCUACGGACUGGUGGAUUUAGACCUCGACGAUUUCGAGUUCAAUUUUGAGAAGAACGUGGUCAAGAUGAGUGGGGUGUUCCCGGAAGUUCGAAUGAUGUGCGACUACGAGGUUAAAGGGAAGAUUUUAGUUUUACAAAUCGAUGGAAUUGGCAACGGCACGGUUAUUUUGAAAAAUCUUAAAAUAAUGGAUGUUCUUCCGUUCGAGGAGACGAAGAGGAUGGGCAGAACGUUCCCGAAGUUUAAGUCCAGUUCGAUCACGAUUGAUCCGGAGUUGGUGGUUUUUGAUUUUUUGAAUCAUGAUAAUAAAGCUUUGUCUGAUAAUGUCAAUCCGAUUUUCAAUAACAACUGGAAGGAUAUUUUUGACGAAGUUAAAGGGGAUUAUGCGAACGUCGUGGAUCGGGUUGUCUUGAAUGUGGUUAACAGUUUUUUCAGUAAAGUGACUUUUGAAGAGGCUUUUGAUAGUGCUUAACCACCCAGAGGGUGUAAUAGUGAUAAAAUGUGAUAUUUUUGUAAAGAAAUUCUAAAACUAUGUUAUAGUCAAACCAAUAUUAAAGUUUUGCAUAAAUAAA